GUGCACUAGGUCGAGACGACGAACCCAAUGGCCUCAUAACGGCUAUAGAUUUUUCGUGUUUCUACGAGAACAGGGCAGCCCUGUUCACGCCCACUCCUCCGCUCCAAAUGCGUCCGGGACUGACAAAUAUAGCGGUACAGAUGCUGAGCGGUGUCACCAUCAGGGCCAGGCCGAGGCUCCGUAGCCUCUUACUGGCCCCCGCAACCAAAACAUUACCGCAGAUGUCAGGCACCGGGAACCACAGAUUUCGGUCCACAUCAUCGGCGCAGGGAUUUUCGGAGCUAGCAAGAGAGCGCUCGAAGACUGUCACUUCGUUUUAUAACCAGUCUGCAAUAGACGUGUCUGCGGAAAAGGCUUCAGUGCGACUAACCUUAGCAACCCUCCUGUAUUCUGGGAAAUCUCCUGACGGACACCACAUCCUGAGCAGUGGCAAGUACCUUCACAAAGAGCUGCCUGUGCGAAUCGCCCACCGCAUCAAGGGCUUCCGCAGUUUACCCUUCAUCAUCGGUUGCAACCCCACUAUUCUGCAAGUGCAUGAAUUAUACAUCAGAGCCUACCACAUGCUGAGUGACUUUCCCCAGAUCGAGGACCAGGAAGCGGAGGCUCGUUUCUGUAAACUGGUGCAGCAGCUGCUGGAUGACCACAAAGAUGUGGUCACCAUGCUGGCCCAGGGCUUCAGGGAGUGUCGCAGACACAUCGAGGAUGAGACCAUCAUCCGGAACUUUUUGGACACGACACUGUGCUCUCGUCUGGGAAUCCGUAUGUUGGCCACGCACCACCUCGCCCUGCAUGAAGAUAAUCCUGAUUUCGUUGGCAUCAUAUGCAGACGUCUGUCUCCGAAGAAGAUCAUAGAGAAAUGGGUGGACUUCGCCAGACGUCUGUGUGACCAUCAGUACGGCAACUCUCCGAGGGUGAGGAUUAACGGACACGUGGCGGCUCGUUUCCCCUUCAUCCCGCUGCCUCUGGAUUACAUCCUGCCAGAGCUCCUGAAGAACGCCAUGAGAGCGACUAUGGAAAGCCACCUGGACACCCCCUACAACGUGCCUGAUGUCGUCGUCACCAUCGCCAACAACGACAUCGACUUUGUCAUUAGGUGA